AUGGCUUCGCUUUCCAACCCAACUGUUUCUGGAAAAGUGCUGAAAGAACCCAACAAUGGGGGAAAGAUGACCUAUCUAGAUAUGUCUCUAGAUGACAUUAUAAUCCUUAAAAAGUUAGAAAGUAAAAACACUGAAUCAAAAAAGAAUGGGACACAGAACCGUAAAAAAAAGAACCCAAUUUCAAGACAGCGAGCAAAUGCUCGUAGGCAUCGCCGGCAAAGAGGAUACUCAAGAUUCAGAAAGAACACUGAGGAAGGAAAUGAUACAAAACUGUACCAAAAACCUUCUGGAUUCAAGCCUGGACAAAGCUCUUUAAACAAGCAGCCUGUAAAUAAGCAGGAGAAGUGCAAUGAAAAUUCUAAGUCCCAAGCAGAGAGGAGUGGAAGCCAGUCAGAAGGGAACCAGAAUCAAUUGGAAGGAUCUCAAGGCCAAUCAUCAAAAAAUCGACAUCAUUCAGAGAGAUCUCGUGGCCAGUCAGAGAGUUCUUGUGGCCGGUCAGAGAGUUCUCAGGGCCAGUCGGAAAGAUCUCAUGGCCAAUCAGAGAGUUCUCAUGGUCAGUCAGAGAGAUCUCCUGGCCAGUCAGAGAAAUCUCGAGGCCAAUCAGAGAGAUCUCGUGGUCUGUCAGAGAGUUCUUGUGGCCAGUUGGAGAGAUCUCCAGGCCAAUCUGAGAGAUCUCGUGGCCAGUCAGAGAGAGAUCCAGACCAAUCAGAGAGAUCUCAUGGUCAGGCUGAGAGUUCUCGUAGCCAGUCUGAGAGUUCUCAUAGCCAGUCCAAGAGUUCUUGUAGCCAGUCCGAGAGUUCUCAUAGCCAGUCCGAGAGUUCUUGUAGCCAGUCCAAGAGUUCUCAUAGCCAGUCUGAGAGUUCUCGUGGCCAGUCCGAGAGAUCUCGUGGCCAGUCUGAGAGAUCUCGUGGCCGUCCCAAGAGAUCCCAGGGCCAAUCAGAGAGAUCUCAUGGUCAGUCAGAGAGAUCUCGUGGUCAGUCAGAGAGAUCUCGUGGCCAACCAGUGAGAUCUUGUGGCCAACCAGAAAGGUCUCGUGGCCAACCAGAGAGAUCUCGUGGCCAAUUAGAGAGACCUCAUGGCCAGUCAGAGAGAGCUCAUGCCCAAACAGAAAGAUCUCGUGGCUACACAGAAAGAUCUCGUGGCUACACAGAAAGAUCUUGUGGCUAUAGAGAGAGAUCACGGGGCUGCCAAGAGAGAUCUCAUGGCUAUAGAGAGAGAUCUCACAGUUACCCAGGGAGAUCUCGUGGCUACACAGAGAGAUCUCGUGGCUACACAGAGAGAUCUCGUGGCUACACAGAAAGAUCUCAUAGCCAAUUAGAGAGAUCUCAUGGCCACACAGAAAGAUCUCAUGGUCACUCAGAAAGAUCUCAUGUUCCAUCAGGGAGAUCUCAUGUCCUAUCAGGGAGAUCUCAUAUCCUAUCAGGGAGAUCUCAUGUCUCAUCAGGGAGAUCUCAUGUCUCAUCAGAGAGAUCUCAUGCCCCAUCAGGGAGAUCUCAUGUCCCAUCAGGGAGAUCUCAUAUCCUAUCAGGAAGAUCUUAUGGCCAAUCAGGGGGAUAUCGAAGACAUUCAUCAACAGAAAGAGUCAAAACAUCACCCAAAACUGAGAGAGCUGAUUUUGACAGGUUUUUAGUAAUGAAAAGAAGGAAUGAAUACUUCCAGAAGCAGACGCGUCAAAGACAUGAUCAAAUGGACAAGAAUCGAAGGAUGUCACCAGAAGAUGACCGCAGCGUCCGUGAAAAUGAUCGAAGACAUGAAAGAAGCACGAGACGGACUAAAACUUCAGCUUCACUUCCAACAAGUAAAAAAAACUCAACCAAGAGUUCCCGGCAGCAGGCCAGAGGAAAAUACCUGAAACUCAACUUUCGAGCGACUGGUAACCAGACUAAGCUUUCACUCAAUGAAAGAUUCUCUAAGCUAAAAAUGAAGAAAAUGCCAGAAUCAAUCGUCAGUUCUGAAGACCCAAAAGCCCUUUCUUCUUAAAAGUUGGCUGUCAACAGGAAUAUCGUAGUGAAUUAAUGCUAGAGCCUAGAUGCAUUGUUCCAAUAUUUAACUUUUUGCUGCUCUUGUUAAUGUAUUUCUUUCUUAAGUAAGUUUUGAUGCAAAUAAUCUGUAACAAGUGUUUACCUAAAAGAAAAAAGAUGUUUAAUCUGUUUGCCGAAAAGAACAGAAAGAUGAGUAAGAAGUAGGAAAGAUGAUUUGGAAGGAAAGCUGUUAGAAAGAGAGCUAUGUUUUCAGAACGACGUGUCUUUUGAAUAUUAGAGAAUUUGUUUCUUUGGUUUAAUUUGUUCCUUGAGCUCUAGAGCCCGCAUAUGAAUCCCAAGUAGACUCUCUUUCAACAAUAGAGCAAAAUUAUUGAUAAGUAUCUUUUGUGAUAAAUAAUCUCUGCCUCAAGUUAGUAAGAUUGAAUCCUACUCUUUAUUAAAAG